AUGGACCAGGCAACGGUACAUGGGGUUGAUCCUCACGCGUAUACAAGUGGCCGGUGGCUUCGAAACGAUAGGCAUCAACGCCAGAUACGCCAUGUUGAUAUCAAUUUUGACGAACUCUGCCGAAGAGUAAUGGAAUUAUCCAGCGGAGCCAAAUUGAUCACAAAUUGCGACAAACAGGAAGGCGGUUUCAACAGGGUGUUCAUUUUCACCAUGGACGACCAUUCACGCGUUGUGGCGCGACUGCCUUUCGCAUUAGCUGGCCCCGCGAAAUUAGCCACGGCUUCUGAAGUGGCGACUAUCCAAUAUUUACAGAGCAAUACCAGUAUUCCAAUCCCUAAAAUACUUGACUGGAGCGACGACGCGUCGAACAGUGUUGGAAGCGAAUAUAUUAUCAUGGAACAUGCGGCAGGAGUUCAGUUACAACAGAAGUGGCCCUAUAUGUCAGGCGAUCAGAAGGUUCGAUGUAUAGAUGCCAUCUACAGAAAGCUUAAAGAGAUGGCCGACAUUGACUUUCCAGCCUAUGGAAGCUUAUAUCUUUCCGCCACUUCAUUGGGAUCUUUCUCUGGGUUACCACUAAAUGGCGGCUUUCGCCUCGGACCCCACUGUGGAACAAGAUAUUGGGAUUGUGGCGAGCGCAGAUACUACCAGCAUACACUUCCCAAUCAAGGCCCUUGGUUGACCAUGAAGGGAUACUCUGAUGGCCUUGUGGAUGCAGGUCUUUCAAGAGUUCCACUGAAAGACUCCCAGCUCCCAAAUCGACCAUUCUAUCAUGGCUCAGUUCAGUCACAUUUCGACCUUCUCGAACGGGGUCGUAUAGUGCUCCAUUCGAUGUCUGCAAAUACCCAACUACAUGAUGCAGCUGCGCCGACCCUCUUUCACCCCGACCUGCAUAAGAGGAACAUAUUUGUUUCGGAUGAUGAUCCCUCGAUUAUAACUGGCAUUAUUGAUUGGCAGUCAUCCAGCAUAGAGCCAGCCUUCUGGUAUGCGGAUGAGGUUCCGGACUUUGCAAUUUGUUCGCCUUCCCCCGAAUCGUCUUCUGGGAAUCUAAACAACAGCGAGCUAUGCAGAAAAACCUUCGAAGUCUGUACUCAAUUCCUCACCCCAAAGCUCGCCCUCCCUAGGAUGAUGGAUGAAGGCAUGUUCCGACCGUUUAGGUACUGCUACAGAACGUGGAAAGAUGGCGCUGUUGCUUUCAGGCAGGAGCUCAUUGAAACUUCCAGGGACUGGGAGGCGCUAGGACUCGUCGGCUCGUGUCCAUUUGUUUUACCGAGACCGGAAGAACUGACUGUUCAUCGGAAGGAAUACAAAUGCUUUGAGGCGGCCCAGAACCUAAAGCGUGAUUUGUCAAGCUUGCUUGAUUGUGCGUCUGAUGGAUGGGUUCCUCCAGAGAUUUGGGAAGAGGCAAAAGUACAAAACAAGGCAAUGUUCGAUGGGAUGUUGCAAGCUGUUCUGACAAAUGAAGAUCCCGACGAGGAUGAACCAAUUAGGGAUGAAAAGGACCUGAGAGAUAUCUGGCCCUUUGAUUUGCCGGACGAGUAA